AUGGGAAAUUCAUCUAUUCAAUUGAAUGAUUUACCUGAUGAAAUUCUUAUGAUGAUUUUUAAAACAUUACAUAAUAUUACACUACUUUAUUCUUUAUCCGAUGUUAAUAUACGUUUAAAUAAAAUAGUAUAUGACUCUAUUUUUACCAAUCGUUUGACUUUGGUAAAUUUUGUACCAAGUCGUUUGAUUUUGGAAAUAUAUUCUCCAAUAUAUUUUGCUUAUCCAUUAUCUGAUUUAGUACUUGAUCGUUUUUGUUCACAUAUCUUAUCUAAAAUUCAUCAAAAAGUCAAAUGGCUUGAUCUUGAAUCAUCAUCGAUGGAACGUAUUCUUCUUUCUACAAAUUAUCCUAAUUUAGUUGGAAUUGCUUUGUAUAAUAUUCACUUAGAAAAUGCUGUACAUCUAUUUUCUGAUGAACGUCUUUUGAUUUCUACCUACAAAAAACAAAUUUCAUCACUUGUUAUCGAUAUUAAAGCAAGUGGAGAAGGAAAUCCAACACGAGAUGAAAAUAUAAUUUUAUUUACUCAUAUACUUAAUACAUUUACUAAUUUACAAACAUUAAAUAUUGGUCCAUCUUCAAUUUGGUAUCAAUAUUUAUCCUUUGAUAGAUCACCUCCAACUGUUAUUUCUUCGACUCUGUUAGAAUUAUAUGUUUGUUUGGAUAAUUUUAGUGAUUGCCUUUAUUUACUUGAUGGACGUUUCAAUCAGCUUCAUACAUUUCAUGUUAAUAUUGACUUCAUUACUUCUUCGCGUUUAAUAAUCAAUAAUAAGGUAUAG